AUGGUGAGCAAGUUGUUCUGCCCCUGGGGGCGGGACCAGUACUGGAUACAGUCACAUGAUUCGCACAGAGCCAAGCUGACCAAUUCCAAUAUGGUGGCCAGCUUGGCAAGUCUACGGUUCCUGUUGAUGCUAUUGUUGUUUUACGGGAUCAGGUUGGCCGCUUGCGACCUGGAAGCCCAGGUGGUGGGACUGCGACUGGAAGACCCCGAAGCAAUAGUGUGCAUGAAAAAGCGCAUAAUUUCAGCGCCUCAUGGCUCUACCUUCACGUUACGCCUGUUUGGGACCAACCUGAAUGGAAGCGGGCCCUUGUUGUCGUUUGCAGGGGCAGCUGCACUGGACGAGGAAGACGCCCCUGACCCCUGUGUGGUUGAAUCAAACAGACUGGGCUCCUUUUUCAAUGUGAGUGGGAAGUUUGUCCCGGAUGAGGUCUCGGGCGAGGUGCACAGCGGCGUGAUAACGGUGCAAGUACCGAAGAGCAGCGCAUCAAAUGGAGCGUUGACCAGUGCCAAGACCUACCACCUAUGUGUGCAGAGACGCGGGAUCUGGGCUUCUGUCGGACGAGACAGGCUACAGGUUCGAUCCGACCUGACUCUACCGCCAGAUUACAUCCCUCCUUGGGCUCUGGCGCUGUUGGUGCUGCUGAUGAUCUUGCUUUGCGCGCUGAUCAGGACUCUUCACUUCAGUCUACUUUGGCUGGAUCCCGUUGAACUUUAUGUUCUCCACAGCUGUGGGUCCGAAGAAGAGAAAAGGACUGCCAAGCGACUAGAGCCUGUCAGGAGAAGGGGGAAUUUUAUGACCUGCUCUCUGCUGUUUCUGUAUGCUCUUGGAUGUUCAGUGCUGGCUGUGCUCCUCCACCAAGCACUUGGCUCAACGGUCUCUGCAGCUUUCACCAGUGGCUUCCUCAUCUUCUUUAUUGUUGAAUUGGUGCCUCACAUUGCAUGCUCAGGUUAUGGAUUCCAGAUAGCACCGGCUCUAACCUGGCUGGCCCAGGUGUCAAUGGUGCUUACAUGCCCACUGUCAUGUCCGCUGGGGCUCAUCUUGGACCUCGCUCUAAGGCGAGACAUCAGCACAUGCGGUAUUAGAGAGAAGGUCAUGGAGAUGGUGCGUACAAACGUCAAUGACCCAUACAGUGAGUUUGUGAAAGAGGAGUUUAGUCGUGGGACUCUGCGCACUAAAACAGUAGAGGACAUCCUGACUCCUCUAAAAGAAUGCUUCAUGCUUCCCAGUUCUGCUGUGCUGGACUUUUCCACCAUGUCUGAGUUAAUGCAGUGUGGCUACACACGUGUGCCCAUAUAUGAUGAGGAGAGGUCCAAUAUAGUGGAAAUACUGUAUGCGAAAGACUUGGCUCUGGUGGACCCAGAUGACUGCACACCAAUGACGACUAUUACCAAGUUCUACAAUCAUCCACUGCACUUUGUCUUCAACGACACUAAACUGGAUGCCAUGUUAGAGGAGUUCAAGAAAGGCAGCUCCACUAUGGCCAUUGUGCAGAAAGUCAAUAAUGAGGGAGAGGGCGAUCCUUUCUAUGAAGUGCUGGGAUUGGUCACUUUAGAGGACGUCAUUGAAGAGAUCAUCAAAUCUGAGAUCUUGGACGAGUCGGAUGGUUAUUUGGACAGAAAGGUAAAGCGUCCUCUUGCCCCGUUGGAGCUUCCGCUGGGGCCCCGGACUGCCCAUGAGGAGUUCUCUCUCUUUAAGCCUCCUGAAGGUGAACCCAAGGUCCGCACUUCUCCACAGCUCCUGCUGGCCACUCUCCGCUUCCUAUCUCGAGAAGUGGAGCACUUCAGUCCAGCUCGUGUCUCAGAGAAGAUCCUGUUUCAUCUUCUCAGUCACCCCAGUGUCAACCAAGAAGUGCACUUUGACCCCAGUAAUCAACACAGCCCAAGUCACUAUCUGUACACAAGAAACCACCCAGUGGAUUACUUCAUCUUGCUGCUACAGGGCCGAGUAGAGGUGGAGAUCGGAAAAGAAUGUUUCAAGUUUGAAAACGGGGCUUUUACUUACUAUGGCAUGUCUGCACUCACACUGCCAUCUUCUGUGCACCAAUCUCCAGUUUCAACACAGCGUCAAUCUCCCAGGGAUUCAUUUGAGCCUGAAGAUGCCACAACUCCUUCAAGUUACUGUCCAGACUACACUGUUCGAGCACUCACCGACCUACAACUCAUAAGGGUUACCCGUCUGCAGUACAUGAACGCGCUCAUGGCUUCCCGCGUUGGUCAGAGUCCAGACCCUCCAGAGAUUAAGAUCCUGCCCAACAGUCAUACCAAGCUGCUCAGUGAUGCAACACAAGGCAGCAGCAGAGUCCAAGAGAGCUCCACAGAAGAGGAGGCUGUUGGGUAG